UUUUUUUUUUCAUUUAGGUGUGUUGUAGUUUUAUUAAAUCCCCGAAAGAACAAACAGCAUCAUAUCCUGAACAGUUCCAGGAAAACAAUCACUGCACUAGCAUUUUCUCCAGAUGGAAAGUUCUUGGUCACAGGAGAGAGUGGACACAUGCCAGCAGUACGGGUCUGGGAUGUGGCUGAAAGGACACAGGUGGCAGAACUUCAAGAACACAAAUAUGGGGUGGCCUGUGUGGCUUUCUCUCCUAGCUCCAAAUACAUUGUAUCUGUGGGAUACCAGCAUGACAUGAUUGUCAAUGUGUGGUCAUGGAAGAAAAAUGUGGUGGUGGCAGCCAACAAGGUCUCUAGUAAAGUAACGGCAGUUUCAUUCUCGGAAGAUAGCAGUUACUUUGUCACUGCUGGAAACAGACAUGUCAAGUUCUGGUAUCUGGAUGAGGCAAAAUCAUCAAAGGUGAACUCAACCAUUCCACUGUUGGGGCGUUCUGGCUUGUUGGGUGAGCUCAGGAACAACUUCUUCACAGAUGUUGCAUGUGGAAAAGGCAAAAAAGCAAGCAGUACCUUUUGUAUAACAUCCUCUGGCCUACUAUGUGAAUUCAAUGACCGUCGAUUGCUGGACAAGUGGGUGGAGCUCAGGACCACUAUAGCCAGCUGCAUAUUGGUGAGCCAGGACUAUAUUUUUUGUGGCUGUGCAGAUGGAACAGUUCGAAUCUUCAACCCAAGUAACUUACACUUUCUCAGCACUAUGCCAAAGCCACACUGUCUGGGUGUAGACAUUGCUACCAUCACUGAAGCCAGCCGCCUCUUCUCCGGUGCUACAGAUGCCAAGUACCCAGACACUGUGGGAAUGACCUUUGACCCCACCAACCAGUGGCUGUCUUGUGUGUAUAAUGACCACAGUCUGUAUGUAUGGGAUAUUAAAGACUUGAAGAAAGUGGAAAAGUCUACUCAGCCUUAUACCAUUCUUCUUGUGUGUGGAGCGUUGAGACGUACCCUGAGAUGAAGGAUAGCAACCAAGCCUGGUUACCACCCAACUCUUUCAUAACAUGCUCCUCUGAUAGUACCGUCCGUCUUUGGAAUAUGGAGACUUCAAACAUCCAUGGAACUGCACUACAUCGAAAUAUACUCAGCAAUGAUCUGAUGAAAAUCAUCCUGAUAGAUGAUAACACGCAGGCCUUGCUGGACACUGAUUGUAACACUGCUGGCCUGGCAGAUAAAGUGGACUCUCAAAUACUAGACACCAAGAUUGGCAUUCGUUCUGUGUGUGUGAGUCCCAACGGUCAACACUUGGCAUCAGGGGACAGGACAGGUACUCUUAGGGUACAUGAGCUACAAUCUCUGUCAGAGCUGUUGAAAGUAGAAGCCCAUGACUCUGAGAUUCUGUGUCUGGAGUACUCAAAGCCAGAGACCGGAUUAAACCUCUUGGCU